GCUCAACAACAAAAACCCCACUGGUAAUUUCCUCGAAGCUAAAAGACUUGAGCUCGGGUGGUCAAGGGGACAGAAGUGAAUGCUAACGAGGGACUGAAUCGUUACGACUUGUUGAUAGGAGGAGGUAUUGUUCAUCUACAGACGGAAACGACAGGCACCCGUUGCUCAUCCCACAACGGGGAACGGACUGCGAGAUGUUCCUUACGCUUCAGAGAGACAUAGGGUAUGCUUUGUGCAAACCACGUCUCUCUUUUUUUGUGAUUACGCAUGGUUUGCAGUCUCUCCUUCGCCGUGGAUUUUGUGAAGCAAAAUCGUAAAGUCGUAUCGCUUGGCCAGCUGAGAGAAGCGUUCUAAGUUUCUGCAUUUGAAUGCAGCUGUCACUCACAGCAGACGUCAUCCGCACAGGACCCAGGUCAGCGUUGGUUAGGUGUUGUUUUUUUCUUCCCUCAUCUUGUGUUUGUUUUCUGUUCACACGGAGAAUCAAAAAGACAACCCAGUUGUGAAAGGGGAAAAAAAAGGAAUACGAAGGAACGGUUUUCUGAAACGCACUCUGCGGUGUCUGCCUGUUUGGAUAGCUUGUCUUCGAUGUCAAGACUGAAAAUGUAACUUACUGCACCUAGUUACAAGUCACACAACGGUGUGGCAUUAAUGCGUCUUCACUUGCGUGCUUAUGGCGUUUCUUAACGGACGCCGGUGGACUGCUGUUGCUGAAUGAUACAUGCAAACUUGCUGUGCGUAACCCGCGCUGUCGACAGCCAGAGCUUCUCCCCGGCGAGUCGGUGCCCGCUCUCCGACGGUAACUGUUGUCAGUAAAGGCGCUUCUCUUUGUUUGUUUGGCGACUGGUGCCAAACACAUAGAAACGGCGGGUCUGCCUCUGUGUAGGGGCUGUGCAGAACGGGCUGCGAGGAAGAAAAAAAGAAAAGAAAGGGAGAAUAUCGGAGGGAGGCUGGGGAGGGAGACACCGGCUGUGGUUAUUUAGGAGAAGCUGGAACUAAAAAUGUCUCAGGCAAUUAACUGAAAAUCCAUACGCAUGUAUGACUGAGCAUCUGCAAUUUCGUUCUCGGUGAGUUAAGGCAAGAUUUAUUUUGAACGAGGAUAUUAUUUUCAAUGCCAAUAUGGAAUAAAAUAUUUUGAUAUCCGUUUUCACGAUGCCAAUGAAUUGUAAGAGAGAUGACAAGUGUUUGCUAUCACUACUAAAAUGUAGUGAUUAGACAAAUAUAUACAAGCAUCUUGAAGCAUAGCGUACCUGACACGUUAUCACGGACCGGACCGCCAGGCCGCCACCAUGGGACUGUGACCCGGGCUGCGAGCUCUGAGAGGCGGCUGUUUGUGUAGUCUGUGCUCCGUGUGCAGACUGGACUUGAGCAGUUGUGAGAUUUUGAGUCAUGGCUGCUGCGAUCGCCAGUGGGUUGAUCCGUCAGAAACGGCAGGCGCGGGAGCAGCAUGUCGACCGGCCCUCCACCAACCGGCGGAGGAAGAGCCCCAACAAGAACAAGGGGCUCUGUAAUGGCAACCUGGUCGACAUCUUCUCUAAAGUGCGCAUCUUCGGUCUCAGAAAGCGGCGGCUACGGAGACAAGAUCCCCAGCUCAAGGGCAUAGUGACCAGGUUGUAUUGCAGGCAGGGAUACUACUUGCAGAUGAACCCUGAUGGCUCUCUUGAUGGCACCAAGGAUGACAGCAGUAACUCCUCUUUGUUCAACCUCAUUCCUGUGGGACUGAGAGUGGUCGCCAUUCAGUCGGUGAAGACAGGGUUAUACAUCGCCAUGAACGGGGAAGGGCAUCUCUAUACAUCAGAACUCUUCACAGCGGAGUGUAAGUUUAAAGAGUCUGUGUUUGAGAACUACUAUGUGAUCUACUCGUCCAUGCUGUACCGGCAGCAGGAGUCGGGCCGGGCCUGGUUCCUGGGGCUCAACAAGGAUGGACAAGCCAUGAAAGGGAACCGUGUAAAGAAGACCAAACCAGCGGCCCACUUUCUGCCCAAGCCAUUAGAAGUUGCCAUGUACAGAGAGCCAUCGUUGCAUGAUGUCGGUGAGACUGUUCCUAAGGCGACUGUUCCUCCCAGUAAAAGCACAACUGAGCCUGCCGUGAUGAACGGUGGCAAACCAGUCAGCAAGCCCUCUACUAAGCCCACCACAUAGCCACACCUCACCCUGCGAGUGUGUGUAGAUGUGUGUGUGUUUGUGUGUGUGUUUCAAGGCAGGGUCACGAGGGAGGCAGGGGUUCUCCUUCCUGGACUUCCGUCCUUGUUUCUUCUAUGGAUCGGAUCCAGGCGAACCUUCCCUACGUCCUCCUUCUACCCGCUCAUCCCCCUGCUCCCCCUAUUCCUCCUCCUCUCUCCCCAGCUGGUGGAUGAAUCUCAUGGGGGGGGGGGGGGGGGCGGAGGCAUCAAAAUGUGUCCUCGCAUGGGCACUUGGGGACUCAGCUCAUGGAAUGCCUGUCCAGACAUGGAAUGCCUUUAGAAUCCCCUCUCUGUAAGCGUGCCACGCCCGGAGAAUAGUGUGUGAAACGGACAUGGCUCUGCGAUGGUCCUCCUGACGUGUCCUCCUCCAGAGUCCCCCAGAUGGCAGACUCCCCUGGGCCUCCUCAUCUAUUUUCUAUACCACAGGGCACCAGCUCCACUCCGGGGCCGAUAUACUGUACAGAUAGAGUCAAUACUUGGACUGUCAUCCUCUAUUUUUUAUGAGUAUGUUCCCGUCUCGUUCUCUUUCUAUCUCUAUUCUCACACUUUUCUCUUUGUCAAAUACCGAGAAAACAAAACAAAACAAGAGAUUUUACAGGCGCAAAGUGUGAUUUUGUAAUACACGCAUUCACGCCAACAAGGUAUAAUCCACAUACAAGCAAACACAUGUAAAAUAGUCGAUCUUAUUAUUCCACACAUGUACACAACUGCAUGCACACACACACAUGCACACACACAGCGUCAUUGGGGAGGCUAGAGUAAGCAUCUCAGGCUGAGUUUUGCUUUUCUACAGCUUGAUAAAAAACACUGGAGGCUGAAAGAUAGCUCCCGCAAUCAUAGCUGAUGAAGUGCUAAUUACCCCCACUGCAAUCAACGUGAGACACCUACUCACACACACACACACAGACAGAUGCUCACGUGUGGGAGAGCACUAUAACGAGUGGUGUAUACAUAUCACUAUCUUAUCCCACUAGCGGUUAGCUCCGCCUACUCUGGUUGAACAGGAAGUUUUGUUUUUUUCUUUAAUGUGAUUCCGGAGCGUGGGCUCUAGGAAUAUCUCUAGGCCUUGUAGGUCUCUGUCCAGCACUCAUUGACUCCUCCAAACCAUGGACUAAGCUAACCCGAGCUGCGGCAGCCAUUUUAGGUAAACAUCUACUGUUGUUUGAAGUGAAGUAUGGCUGAAAAUGAGUAGAUGCCAUCUAUACUGGCUGCAUCCACAUUGGUCCGGCAAACUAAAGCAUGGGCAAGGUUAAUAUUGUGUUAUAUUCUUGCAGCAGUAAGGCAAGGGGAGGCUUAAAUGAUGUAACAUUUUCAUUGUAUUUAAAAAAUAUGAUUAUUUAUAUAUAUAUAAAUAUAUGUGUGUAUAUAUGUAUAUGUAUAUAAAUACAUAUAAAAACAUGACCUUUUUUUUAUUGAGAUUUUAUUAAAGGAUUUUCUCCUAGUUUAGCAUGAAGGGUCCAGCACUGCUCAUCCCAGGCCUGUCAUGUGCCUGUUUAAAAUCUUGACCCUUGACCCUGGCAUGCAAAAACAUAGUCCCCCAGUCCCCACUGGGCUCAAGGUGCCUCUGCCACCCACACCUCCAGAAGAGAAACCAGUAGCAUCGUCCACUCAACACCACGUCCAGCUCUUCAAUUUCCUGACACUUCAAUGACCAAAGUAUUUGCAUCCCAGAAAAAAACGUUUUUGGGGGGAUCUGAUUCAGAAUCUUAUUUUAUUUGUUGUCCCUCUGUGACUUCACUGUAUGGUCCUCCCUCACCAAAAGAAUCACUUUGAUUCUCUGCUGGCCUUCUGAAGACUGUCAUGGAUGGUGAAUGAUUAUUUGUUCUUUGUCGUGAAGGGAUACAUUCUGUUCACUUGCAUGUAUUUCCACAAAGCAAACUGUUUGGGAGAGGUUUGGUCCAGACAUCUGAUAGGUGACAAGUCAGGCUUGAAGUUAAAGGGAGCAUGUUUGUAGGCACACAAACACUCAUAAUCUAGAACAUCACUACGCUUUUUGUUUUCAUUUUAUCAUAACUGUUGGCAAUUUAUCAAGGUUUAUCUAAAUCUAUUGACAUAUUUAAACUAGUUUGUCUUGCUUUGUUGAUUUUCCUAAUAGUAGGUAAGAUUUAGAAUGUUAAGUAGACUAAUGCUACCGUAUGCUGCUAAAUGGCUAAUAUAUUUAAACAUUUAUUUCAUGGUUAAUCAACAAUCUAUCGCCAUUAUGAGCUUUUAUUUCUUACUUUGGGAUGAAGCACAUUAUUUCAACUUAAAGAUGUGACUGUACAAAGCUAUUUUAAUGCUAUUAUGACAAUUAAUAACUAUUUACAAAGGAGUUUAAACAUUAUUUCUGUUCUAUUUAGGGCUGGUGUCCCUCUUCCAAAUUAAACUUAUUUUGACAUCAUUCUCCACUUAAUGAACUCCAUAGCCCAGGCGACCAGGGCCAUGCAGACCAGUUGACUGGUUUGUUAAAGGAUUACUUUAUUUUUGUAAAUGACUGAUGUGUAAUUGUACAUUUCUGUUGGAGCUAUCUGGACACAAUAUUGUAUCUUUGUCCAUUCGUUCGUUUAAUUCAUCUUGUAUGUGUGAUGUUGUUUCCCUGGUCCUUCAGUUGCCAUAGAACAUUUUGGCUUGUUUUCCUGUUUCUCAGUGGAUUUUGUGUAAGGAGAACAUUCUAGCAGAAGAAAGGAUCUAUGUUUAUCUGUGUUUCUGGGUUUUUUUCAGCCUCUGUUUUGGUAUGUUGUCUCAUCUGUUGCAUGGGGGGAGGAUGGCAUUGAGGAACUGUGCAUGUAGUAGGCUAUGUGUGUCAAGAACUGUUGGUAUGUACCGCUAAUUUUACAUACAUAUAUGCAACGAGUUUGUCUGCACUGUACAGUUUGUGUUUGGUUGUAUACAUAUAUACAACAUAUUGAAUAAAAUAUUUAUAUAAAGGUGUACUGUUAUGUCGGUAACAUACUUAAUGCAAUAUAAUGUGCAGUAUAUUAUUGCAGCCAUCAUUUGGAUGGGAAAACUAAAACAGAGAGGUUGGCUAGCAAGUAAAAAGCAUGAAAAAGGCUUUCUGAAGUCCUAGCAGUCAGGCAGGGCUGAGCUCUAACUUCAUUGUGGCUCAUAUCAGAUCUCUGAAGCAGCUUUCACAGUGACAUGUGACAUACAGCAUGCCACCCCUGAUCUCUAUUCUCUUUCAGUCUACCUUCACCUCUAAACAAUUUCCCUUCGAUGGGUUCACAAUCUCACAAUCUAAGAGGGGGGUGGGGAAUUAAUGUAACUGGAGGUUUACAUGGGUGUGAUAGUAGUGUUUGGCUUGUUUUGAUAGACGGGAAAUGAAAUAGUCACUACUGAAAAUUAUUUAUUUUAAAUAUGUACCAUUGCAAGUAUGCCCAUCAUUUAUGUAAUGUAAUGCUAGAUUUAAAAACCAUAGGCCAUGGUUAGAAUCCCUUGCCUUGUUUUUCAUGCAAAAUGAUGUCUCCUGCGGCACCUUCAAUGUUUUAUUAUUAAAAAGAAAAAAUAAAGACAAAAAAAGCUAAAAAAGACACCUGACUUGCGAGCAGGGUGUACCUUGAGUCCAGUUUGUGGUGGGGCACUUUUAACAAAAAAUACACAGAUGGCCAGAAAACUCCAAAACAUUACACAAACCACAGUUAGAACAAUUUUAUUAAUAAUAAAACAUUUUCCUUUUUAUUUUAACGUUUGGAUUAUUUUAAUGUACCUGCAUCUUAUAAUAUGUAGCUUUCUGGAGUAUGUACGCAUUCCUAUAUAAACACAUUUUCAUACAUAUAGUUGUAUUGGAAAAAUAUAAAGGGUUACAUUGUAAUGUGUUUUAAACAGAAAAACAGCUUUUUGGCUUCCGCAGUUGUUUUUCUUGCAUAAAAAACACAGUUUUAAUGACGAUAAUUUGUAACCAGUACAAUGAAUGCUGUUAUACAAAGUGAUAUGCAGAUAUCUGAAUGAAGAAUUACAUCCCAUUUUCGGCUUAAGCUUCUCUUUUCUUCUCCACUUCAUCGUUCCCUCCAUCCUCUCCUACCCAAGGAGGGCCAGCAUCCUUUCUU